UUGCAUUUUGUUGGAUUACGAGGCUUCAAGAAGACGAUGAGCGCAACACCUCGCGAGCACCUUCUUCACUGA